AUGUUGCUUAAAUGAUGGAGAAAUGUGCUUUCUCCUUAAAAGUCGCAGUGAGCCUCUCUUUUUCUAAUGUUUAGUGUUCGGGAUCGCGUUUUGGGGAAAACAGUUUGGCUUAGUUCUGGAGGAAAAUUUCUUGCUCUUGAUUAAGAUGGUGGACUUCAUGGUUGAUCCACCCAAAUACUUGAUUUCCUUUGUCUCUGCUUAGUGUGAAUGAAAAGGGGCUACAGUAGGCCAGAUAAGUUCAGGGGGGCCACCUGGCAGGUUGGGUGACCGAAAGUAGCUACCCAGGAGGGUCUGAUCACAGGUCAUGAGGUUAACAAUCCUGCAGCUUUCUUAGCAACUUCAUUCUUUGCCUUAAGUGAGCCCUGUUCAUUGUUCUUACGCAUCUAGAAUAACGCACAUUUAAAAGGUCAGGGUAAUUUUCUUUUCCAACACCUCCACUGGCACCAAAGCAGGAGACCGUGAAACUAACUCCUCGUUGUUACCUUACUGCCCAUUUACUGACUGUAAAUGUUAAAUGUUAAUUAUCCCAUACCCAACCGUGUAAAAGGCUUAUGUAUCUCUACAUUUGCUUUUUAUCCAAUUCUAGUGAUUUCAGUGCUUAGCUUUCUCCCGCCUCCCUAAUUUACCACCAGUGGAUUUUGUGUACCUUAUAAUUUUUUCCUUUGAUUCUAUUGCAUAAAAGGGACAAGGAAACUGCCAUUCUCCAGACCCCUUUUAUACUAAUCCUAGCUUCUUCUCUUCCUGUGAAAAUUACAUCAAUACUGAGCUCAAAUUCGCCCCUUUCAAGACUUCCCAACCACACAGGCUGUCUUGUGAAUCGCUAGUUCUUGGUACUUUUUAUUGAACUUUUUGCCUAGAAGUUGUGUUUAACCCCAUUGUAUGACAAAACAAGUCACCUAAGCCGUCCGCACCUGUUUCCUCAUCUAGAAAAUGUGGAAUAGCACCUGCAGUACGAGUCCUGCCAUUCUGUGAGCAAUAGGUGGGUUGAAUAUGAAACAUGCCUGUUGCAGAGCAAGCGCCCAAAUCAAUGGUAGCUACUGGAGUUUCCAUUCAAAGGAGAAUCCUAAAGGCCAAGCCUAAAAACUAUAGUAAAUAUAUUUUUUAAACGGGCAGUAAGGCACAAGAGUAUGCAGACUUAGGGCGGUGCCUACGCGGGACUAAGGGUGAAGGUAUAAAGCGCGUGCGUAGUGGGGCGGGACUCGCAGGCCCGGAGGGGGCGAGUGGCGCAUGCGCCGGAGGCCUUCCCGACUCUAAUCCUCUCUAUACUCUCCGCGGCUGCGGAACUCUGGACGGGAGGAUGGAUUUUGAGAAUCUAUUCUCCAAACCUCCGAACCCGGCCUUGGGCAGGAAACUGCCCACGGACUCCGACGCCACGGACUCCGACAACAGAAUCGAUGAUGAAAUAGAUGAUACAGAAGUCGAAGAAACACAAGAAGAGAAAAUAAAAUGGAAAGUAAAACUGGAGUGUGCGCGUAUUCCCAAAAAAUUUCGGCACUUUGGAAACCCUAUAACAUCACCGAAGAAUUUACAACGUAGAAAAUCAAGAAGCAAGGACUAUGAUGUAUACAGUGAUAAUGAUAUCUGCAGUCAGGAAUCAGAAGAUAAUUUUGCCAAAGAGCUUCAACAGUAUAUAAAAGCCAAAGAAAUGGCAAAUGCUGCUCAAUCCCUACCAUUUCCUGAAGAAUCUGUGAAGAAAGAGGAAGCAAAGGGUACACAGAAAGCUGUUAAACAAAAAAAGAAAAACCUUAAAGCAGCCCACAAGAAUGGUAAACAGAAGAAAAUGAAGCGGAAAUGGCCUGGCGCUGCAGACAAGGGGUCCAGUGCAUCACUGAGCAACAGUGGCUCACAGGAACAGGAUGGUAAACCUAAAGAGAAGCAGCACGUGCGAAUGAGUCAGGGUUUUAUCAACCAGCACACAGUGGAACGCAAGGGGAAACAAGUCUGUAAAUACUUCCUUGAAAGGAAGUGUAUUAAGGGAGACGAGUGUAAAUUUGAUCAUGAUGCUGAGAUAGAGAAGAAGAAGGAAAUGUGUAAGUUUUACGUACAAGGAUAUUGUACCAGAGGUGAAAACUGCCUGUAUUUGCAUAAUGAAUAUCCUUGCAAGUUUUACCACACAGGAACAAAAUGUUACCAGGGAGAGCACUGCAAGUUUUCACAUGCUCCUCUGACGGCCGAAACGCAGGAACUGUUGGCUAAACUUUGUGUAGAUGAAGAAUGCUCGUGUGUACAUUCAGGACUGUUCAAGACUGGACGUUUGGAGUGGUUUACUGGAUUCCUCAUUUAAAGCACCUUCUUGUAUCGCUAUGAUGACAUGCCACGUCUUUAAUGGAGGCGCCCUUGGAGGGACAGAAUCAGUGUAUAAGUGAAGGGGUUGUCUCCACCCGGCAGUUCGGCUGUUGGAGCAGGAGAGGGGACAGAUGGCAUAGCUGCUGGCUGCUGGGUAAACAUUGUGGUAGUAAAUUGCAGAAGUCUGUUUUGAUUCAUCUGGUUCAUCAGUAAAAUAGGAAGCAGGGUUAGGCUGAGUGAGAAUGAAUGAAGAGGUGCAAGAUUGAAGAGAGAAAACUUGGGUUUCUCUUGGAAGAUGGGGUAAUAGAGCUCAGAUAUACAGUUAGAAGUUUUUGUGUCAUUGAAUGAUUAUACAGUAUUUUUUAAUGAUUGCUUACAAUUCUGUUUUAUUAUUUAAAUUGUGGCUGUAUGAUUUUUUUAAACCAGUUUUCUGUUGUUGGACAUUUAAGUUGUUUCUAGUUUCUUAUUAUUCAAAAUAAAAAUGGUACAAAGACUCUUACUAUACCAUUCCAAAACUUGGAGUUCUUAACUUUUUUGUUAAGAUAUGAGAAUGGUCAUCACUCUCAUUGGUCAGAAAUUGUGGUCAGAUCAUACACGUACAUACAAUGUAAGUUUUGGUAGUGUGAUGCUGCCUGCAACAUGGUACUGAAAUACAGAAUUGUCCAAAUGCAAAUAAUGAGCUUCUAAACAGGCACUUUUAAGAGUGGUAUUGAUGGUUAUUAGAAAAAUACUGUGAAACAAACUGUCACUAUUAUAUUGUUUUAUUGCUGGGAAAAAUGACAACAUGGCUAAAUUGCUCAAUAGAGUAUGCUGAAAAAUAAGUCAAAGUAUUUGGUUGCAACCUAAUCCACUAAAGCAAGAGAGGAAAUGAAGAGGCAAAUGUGUCAGUAAAAUGUCUUAAAUUGUGUUCAAUCAAGUUAAAAGAGACACAGUCUCUUAAAUAUGCUCCACGCACUUAAAGCAGCCACUAGGCUGUGGGUCUCUUAGAGCUGGGUUGUCCCAGCACCUUCCAGCUGAUGCUCCUCCAUUUUCCACUUCGUCUUUUCUAGUCCACUUUCCUUUCCUUAGUUAGAGCAGAUUUUCCAGUGUACUGCUUCAGCCGUGCCUCCACUGUGAAAUAAUGCCCUGAAUCGGGAUCUGCUUGUCUGCCUAGUUUUAAGUUCUCUGGUCUCGCCUAGUUCCUGCUGCCCUUGGCUCCUCUCUGCCCCUCUUGGCUCUUCUCCGCCUCCCUUGGCUUCCUCCUGGGAACUAAAUCCCACUGACCCCUGCAAGUGUGCGUGUAAUGGAACCACAGUUGGUUAAAUAACCUGGAGCAGAGGAAAUGCCAGUAAGGAAGUUGUAAAGAAAGCUAUAAUACAUUUAUACAUAUGUGACCAGCAUGGUUAUCAUGGCUGUAUUAAAUUUGAUUCUUUUUGGAGCCAAAACAAAAAGGAUGAAGAAGUAAUCUGUUUGCCUCUUAUCAUCAGAAAGGUAGGAUGCAAAACCUCUCCUAAUAAUAAUUUCAUAAAACAGUUCUUAUGUAGGUCUUCAUUAUGGAAAUCACUGAAUAUAAUGGACAAAAUUCUCAUUUCAAAGAUUCUGUGUGACAUGUCUCAUGUAACUUUUUUCGUGGUCAGUUACUAAAAGCCACAUGACAGUAAAACUCAAAUUCUGUCCGUUUGUAAGAUAAGUAUAUGUAGCCUUUUGGUACUUUGAUGUGAUCCAGGUGAACGUAGGAAUCCAGACCCAGAGCUGUUAAGUGACUGCUCCCCCGUCUUCAUGGGUCUCCUGACUUCCUGCACAGUUGUCUCAGUUCACUCUAGUUUCUGAUAAUCAUAACCGUUGGGGUCCAGGGAGGGAAGGGUUACAGUUACUGAUUUCUUCCAAGGUCACUUGUAUAGAUCUAAAUAGUGUAAUUUGGUGAUCCAGCCUAAAUUACGGGGCUUGUGUUUCUGGUUAGAAGCACCAAGCCCAAACUGGGGGUUUAGUGAGAUCAGAGUAUCACAGGGGAAGCACUUGUGGAACAAAUGCUAGGAUCAUAUACAUAAAAUCCUUCUUAAUACUUGUCACAGUUCUCUCACCGGGGUUAUGAUAGUGAAAUCAGUUGUUACUAUUUAUCAGUGAGGAAACCAUGUGUAUAAGGUCUCCUCCUCACGUUCCUAGGUGUGUACCAACACAUAUCUGUGCUUCCCUGCCUAACAACUCCAUUUGUGCUGAGAUGUCCUUCCCUCUAUGGCAUUGUCUGUGCUUUGUGGGCGGCGAGUCCUGGCCCCAACUCUUAGUGGUGUGUCAACAAGGGUCUAAAGUCCUGGUUCUUGACUUUGGCUUCACAUUGGAGUCGCCUAGGAAGCCUUGUAACAGAUACUGCUGUCUGGGGCCCUCUCCCAGGAAUUCUGACUUGGGGGUGGGGCUGGGGUGUGGACAGGAGGUUUUCAGUAACUUCCAGGUGAUUCCAAAGCGCUGCCCAAGUUGAAAACCACCGGUCUCAACAAAUACUGGAAGUGCCACUCUUUUUGCAGCAGUGGCUUUAGGCUUGAAAUAGGAACACAUGUCCUCCGGUGCACUUCUGGAAAAGUGAUCAUCUCUUAAGAUACACAGGAAGAGGCUAGACAUUGCUGUGUCUGAAUAUGACGCCCGUAACGGAUGCAGCUGCCUAAUGACUUCAAGGGGAGCUAGCAAACCAGCUGAAGGUGACAGAGAAGAAAGUUAAGAAGCUGGGUCCUUGAUAACUGAGCCAUGCAAUAUACCAGACUUAGGCGACAGCCAGCCUUCGGAAUGUGCACAUUAUACCACAUGAAAUUUUAUAUACAUAUAAAAAUAUGUAUUUUUGUUACUGUUUAAGCUCUUUUGACUUGGGUUCUCUUACCUGCAGCCAAAGGCAAGAUGAUAAAUGUGAGCCAGGAAUCAAACCGUUCAUCCAUCAUGGUCCACAUUUCUGGCCCUCGCCCCUCUGCACUGAAGGCUUUGUUCAGUCUGGACUCCCACUGGUGGCACGCAGUGAGCACCGGUGUGAGAAAGACGGGAACGUACUUGCUUCGUAGGGAGGGCUGAGCUGCCCAGCUCGCCUCAGAGUGCUGUUGGUGAUCGCUGUGAAGUUUGCAACGCUGCAUUGUGUAAAAAUGUGGAAAACUAAACCUGGUUCUGUCUGGGGUGCACAUUGUUAUAGCUGACAUCACUGCGAUUGGAUUGUCUUUUACAGUUGAUAGAAUGUCACAUUUUACUUGGCAGUUUACUUUUAUUGGUGCAUAAAAAUGGUGGGUCUCAUUUAGUGACGCAUUCGAUUUGAAUAUAAUUUUAAGCUGAAGUUAUAUAUGCAUGCAGUCAAAAGUUUACUGUGAAAUGAAAUUUGUUACAAAAUUUAUUUUGGAUUAAUAAAUUUAAAAAAUGAAAAGG